GCCCGAUCAACUAGACUAGAGAAGCUUUCGCGCGCUCUUUGCUUCGGCAGCAGCAACAGUAGGACGGGCUACUGCGCGCGCAAAAGACCCCGACUGGCGGGUACCCGUUUCCACCGUGUGCGCCUCUCGACAGGCAGAGAGGUUUUGCGGGCGCGCGCUGCCGGGAGUUUCAUGUCAUUAGAUGGGGCUGAGGCGGAGCGGCGGCGUCCACUGAAGAGAAGGAGGCUGUGGGUGCGCGUGCGAGCGAAAGGAGAGGCGAGGCCAGCCAGCAAGCCCAGCGGGCCAACCCACCGGUAACUGCCGGGAUCUAUCCAUGGAGCUCUCUUUUUGCUUUCUCCUGUAGAGCAUGCCCUGGGUGGAAUAUCUGAGAGAUUGAUGAUCCCAGCACUGAUCACCAGGAGUCAUUGUAUGUUUAUUCUGUUCUCUAGGCCUGUUUCUUAACAUCUGGGGAGAAAUUUAUUUUUGAUGGUCUCAAGAUGGUAAACAUAUCCAACACAUCUUUCUCCUCAUAUUUUCCGCUCAACAACAACCUUGUGAGCAAUGCAGCAAGUUUUGGAUAAUCUUACUGAUUUGCCCUCAUCAUCAGGAGCUGAAGAAAUAGACCUUAUUUUCUUGAAAGGAAUUAUGGAGAAUCCUAUUGUAAAAUCACUUGCUAAGGCUCAUGAACGAUUAGAGGAUUCUAAACUUGAGGCUGUGAGUGAUAACAAUCUGGAGCUGGUCAAUGAGAUUCUUGAAGACAUCAGUCCAUUAAUAAAUAAAGAUGAAAAUAUUGCUGAAUUAGUUGGUAUACUAAAGGAACCACACUUUCUGUCACUCUUAGAAGCUCAUGAUAUUGUGGCAUCAAAGUGUUAUGAAUCUCCUCCCUCUAGUCCAGAAAUAAAUAAUGCUUCGGUGAACAAUCAGAUAGUACCAGUAGAUGCUAUUCGUAUACUUGGCAUUCAUAAAAGAGCAGGGGAGCCUUUGGGUGUGACAUUUAGGGUGGAGAAUAAUGACCUGGUGAUUGCAAGAAUCCUUCAUGGAGGAAUGAUAGACCGACAAGGUCUCCUACAUGUAGGUGAUAUCAUUAAAGAGGUUAAUGGUCAUGAAGUUGGAAACAAUCCAAAAGAAUUGCAAGAACUCCUGAAGAGUAUUAGUGGUAGUGUCACUCUGAAGAUUCUUCCUAGCUACAAAGAUAAUAUUGUUCCCCAACAGGUUAGUAGUACUAUCCUUGAUUUGAAGCUAUAUAGUGAUGUUACUUUGUUUCCUUUCCUAGGACUAAUCAAAUAUGUUAAUUAACUUAGCUAUAGUCAU